UACCCCGCUUCCCCAGCACAUGACGUGGGAAGCUGCCUCCGCCGGAGUCUUAGCAAGAGGAGUGAGGGGGUGCAGGGGCUCGGGGGUGGGGUGGGGAGGGGGGUGUGGAGAAAGAGGACACGCGUGCUCACGCCCGCCCCUGGGAGCAGGAGCAGCACCUUCCCCAGCUUCGUGGGUUCCUCCUCCCACCGGAGCCAGGGUGUGAGAGGAAAUCUCGGGGCUUCGCUCUGUCGAGAGUGCUCAUCACCACCAUCCAGAAGUGCUGGCGUCCGAAUGCACAUCCCUUUGCCUUGCAAAGAAGAGUCGUGAACUUCAAAGCCCCCGAGACGGAUCAUUAAUCCUGCUUUGCAGGAAAGGAAAACCCUCCAUCCCCAGCCACCCGCCACCCCUCUCCGGAGACUGCAACCGCGGAGGCGCUCGGAACCGGAAGGGGACGCUUUGGGAAUGACCAUGCUCCACCGAGGGACGGAGCCGGCCCCCAGCUUCUCCACACAGAGCCUCCUCCACUAACGCUCCAAAAACCAAAAACCGUAAUUGCCAGAAGAAGCGUUAAAAAUCUAUUCCAGCCACUAACCUCACAUGCACACGGAAUAAUUACUCUGGAUUCUGCAUUGUGAGCUGCUCUUCAUACCCUGAACUACCUUUGAAUUAAAUCUUUUUUUUUUUUUUUUGAAUUUACAUCUCUUCAAGACACAAGAUUAAAACAAAAUUUACGCUAAAUUGGAUUUUAAAUUAUCUUCUGUUCAUUUAUCCUUCGUCUUUCUUAUGUGGAUAUGCAAGCGAGAAGAAGGGACUGGACAUUCCCAACAUGCUCACUCCCUUAAUCUGUCCGUCUAGAGGUUUGGCUUCUACAAACCAAGGGAGUCGACGAGUUGAAGAUGAAGCCCAGAGCAGAGUGCUGUUCUCCCAAGUUCUGGUUGGUGUUGGCCGUCCUGGCGGUGUCAGGCAGCAGAGCUCGUUCUCAGAAGAGCCCCCCCAGCAUUGGCAUCGCUGUCAUCCUCGUGGGCACUUCCGACGAGGUGGCCAUCAAGGAUGCCCACGAGAAAGAUGAUUUCCACCACCUCUCCGUGGUGCCCCGGGUGGAGCUGGUAGCCAUGAAUGAGACCGACCCAAAGAGCAUCAUCACCCGCAUUUGUGAUCUCAUGUCUGACAGGAAGAUCCAGGGGGUGGUGUUUGCUGAUGACACAGACCAGGAAGCCAUCGCCCAGAUCCUCGAUUUCAUUUCAGCACAGACUCUCACCCCCAUCCUGGGCAUCCACGGGGGCUCCUCUAUGAUCAUGGCAGAUAAGGAUGAAUCCUCCAUGUUCUUCCAGUUUGGCCCAUCUAUUGAACAGCAAGCUUCCGUAAUGCUCAACAUCAUGGAAGAAUAUGACUGGUACAUCUUUUCUAUCGUCACCACCUAUUUCCCUGGCUACCAGGACUUUGUAAACAAGAUCCGCAGCACCAUUGAGAAUAGCUUUGUGGGCUGGGAGCUAGAGGAAGUCCUCCUACUGGACAUGUCCCUGGAUGAUGGAGAUUCUAAGAUUCAGAAUCAGCUCAAGAAACUUCAAAGCCCCAUCAUUCUUCUUUACUGUACCAAGGAAGAAGCCACCUACAUCUUUGAAGUGGCUAACUCAGUAGGGCUAACCGGCUAUGGCUACACAUGGAUCGUUCCCAGUCUGGUGGCAGGGGAUACAGACACAGUGCCUGCGGAGUUCCCCACUGGGCUCAUCUCUGUAUCCUAUGAUGAGUGGGACUAUGGCCUCCCCGCCAGAGUGAGAGAUGGAAUUGCCAUAAUCACCACUGCUGCUUCUGACAUGCUGUCCGAGCACAGCUUCAUCCCUGAGCCCAAAAGCAGUUGUUACAACACCCAUGAGAAGAGAAUCUACCAGUCCAAUAUGCUAAAUAGGUAUCUGAUCAAUGUCACUUUUGAGGGGAGGAAUCUGUCCUUCAGUGAAGAUGGUUACCAGAUGCACCCGAAGCUGGUGAUAAUUCUUCUGAACAAGGAGAGGAAGUGGGAAAGGGUGGGGAAGUGGAAAGACAAGUCCCUGCAGAUGAAGUACUAUGUGUGGCCCCGAAUGUGUCCUGAGACUGAAGAGCAGGAGGAUGACCACCUGAGCAUUGUGACCCUGGAGGAGGCACCGUUUGUCAUUGUGGAAAGUGUGGACCCUCUCAGCGGAACCUGCAUGAGGAACACAGUCCCCUGCCAGAAACGCAUAAUCACUGAGAACAAAACAGAUGAGGAGCCGGGUUACAUCAAAAAAUGCUGCAAGGGGUUCUGUAUCGACAUCCUUAAGAAAAUUUCUAAAUCUGUGAAGUUCACCUAUGACCUUUACCUGGUUACCAAUGGCAAGCAUGGGAAGAAAAUCAAUGGAACCUGGAAUGGUAUGAUUGGAGAGGUGGUCAUGAAGAGGGCCUACAUGGCGGUGGGCUCACUCACCAUCAAUGAGGAACGGUCGGAGGUGGUCGACUUCUCUGUGCCCUUCAUAGAGACGGGCAUCAGUGUCAUGGUGUCACGCAGCAAUGGGACUGUCUCACCUUCUGCCUUCUUAGAGCCAUUCAGCGCUGACGUGUGGGUGAUGAUGUUUGUGAUGCUGCUCAUUGUCUCAGCCGUGGCCGUCUUUGUCUUUGAGUACUUCAGCCCUGUAGGUUAUAACAGGUGCCUCGCUGAUGGCAGAGAGCCUGGUGGCCCCUCUUUCACCAUCGGCAAAGCUAUUUGGCUGCUCUGGGGUCUGGUGUUUAACAACUCCGUACCUGUGCAAAACCCAAAGGGGACCACCUCCAAGAUCAUGGUGUCAGUGUGGGCCUUCUUCGCUGUCAUAUUCCUGGCCAGCUACACUGCCAACUUAGCUGCCUUCAUGAUCCAAGAGGAAUAUGUGGACCAGGUUUCUGGCCUGAGCGACAAAAAGUUUCAGAGACCUAAUGACUUCUCACCCCCUUUCCGCUUUGGGACUGUGCCCAACGGCAGCACAGAGAGAAAUAUUCGCAAUAACUAUGCAGAAAUGCAUGCCUACAUGGGAAAGUUCAACCAGAGAGGUGUAGAUGAUGCAUUGCUCUCUCUGAAAACAGGGAAACUGGAUGCCUUCAUCUAUGAUGCAGCAGUGCUGAACUAUAUGGCAGGCAGAGAUGAAGGCUGCAAGCUGGUGACCAUUGGCAGUGGGAAGGUCUUUGCUUCCACUGGCUAUGGCAUUGCCAUCCAAAAAGAUUCUGGGUGGAAGCGCCAGGUGGACCUUGCUAUCCUGCAGCUCUUUGGAGAUGGGGAAAUGGAAGAACUGGAAGCUCUCUGGCUCACUGGCAUUUGUCAUAAUGAGAAGAACGAGGUCAUGAGCAGCCAGCUGGACAUUGACAACAUGGCUGGGGUCUUCUACAUGUUGGGCGCGGCCAUGGCUCUCAGCCUUAUCACCUUCAUCUGCGAACACCUUUUCUAUUGGCAGUUCCGGCAUUGCUUUAUGGGUGUCUGUUCUGGCACGCCUGGCAUGGUCUUCUCCAUCAGCAGAGGUAUCUACAGCUGCAUCCAUGGGGUGGCCAUUGAGGAGCGCCAAUCUGUAAUGAACUCCCCCACCGCAACCAUGAACAACACACACUCCAACAUCCUGCGCCUGCUGCGGACAGCCAAGAACAUGGCUAACCUGUCUGGCGUGAACGGCUCCCCGCAGAGUGCGCUGGACUUCAUCCGACGGGAGUCAUCCGUCUAUGACAUCUCAGAGCACCGCCGUAGCUUCACGCAUUCCGAUUGCAAAUCCUACAACAACCCGCCCUGCGAGGAGAACCUCUUCAGUGACUACAUCAGUGAGGUGGAGAGAACGUUCGGGAACCUGCAGCUGAAGGACAGCAACGUGUACCAAGAUCACUACCACCAUCACCACCGGCCCCAUAGCAUCGGCAGCGCCAGCUCCAUUGACGGGCUCUACGACUGUGACAACCCACCCUUCAGCACCCAGUCCAGGUCCAUCAGCAAGAAGCCCCUGGACAUCGGCCUCCCCUCCUCCAAGCACAGCCAGCUCAGUGACCUGUACGGCAAAUUCUCUUUCAAGAGCGACCGCUACAGUGGCCACGACGACUUGAUCCGCUCCGAUGUCUCUGACAUCUCAACCCACACGGUCACCUACGGGAACAUCGAGGGCAAUGCCGCCAAGAGGCGCAAGCAGCAAUAUAAGGACAGCCUGAAAAAGCGGCCGGCCUCGGCCAAGUCCCGCAGGGAGUUUGACGAGAUCGAGCUGGCCUACCGUCGCCGACCACCCCGCUCCCCUGAUCACAAGCGCUACUUCAGGGACAAGGAAGGGCUACGGGACUUCUACCUGGACCAGUUCCGAACAAAGGAGAACUCACCGCACUGGGAGCACGUGGACCUGACCGACAUCUACAAGGAGCGGAGUGAUGACUUUAAGCGCGACUCGGUCAGCGGAGGAGGGCCCUGUACCAACAGGUCCCACAUCAAGCACGGGACGGGUGACAAGCACGGCGUGGUCAGCGGGGUACCUGCACCUUGGGAGAAGAACCUGACCAACGUGGAGUGGGAGGACCGGUCCGGGGGCAACUUCUGCCGCAGUUGCCCCUCCAAACUGCACAACUACUCCACGGCAGUGACGGGUCAGAACUCGGGCAGGCAGGCGUGCAUCCGGUGUGAGGCUUGCAAGAAAGCAGGUAACCUGUAUGACAUCAGCGAGGACAACUCCCUGCAGGAACUGGACCAGCCAGCUGCCCCAGUGGCGGUGACAUCAAACGCCUCCACCACCAAGUACCCUCAGAGCCCGACUAAUUCCAAGGCCCAGAAGAAGAACCGGAACAAACUGCGCCGGCAGCACUCCUACGACACCUUCGUGGACCUGCAGAAGGAAGAAGCCGCCCUGGCCCCGCGUAGCGUGAGCCUGAAAGACAAGGGCCGAUUCAUGGAUGGGAGCCCCUACGCCCACAUGUUUGAGAUGUCAGCUGGCGAGAGCACCUUUGCCAACAACAAGUCCUCAGUGCCCACUGCCGGACACCACCACCACAACAACCCCGGCGGCGGCUACAUGCUCAGCAAGUCGCUCUACCCUGACCGGGUCACGCAAAACCCUUUCAUCCCCACUUUUGGGGACGACCAGUGCUUGCUCCAUGGCAGCAAAUCCUACUUCUUCAGGCAGCCGGUGGCGGGGGCGUCGAAAGCCAGGCCAGACUUCCGGGCCCUUGUCACCAACAAGCCGGUGGUCUCGGCCCUUCAUGGGGCCGUGCCAGCCCGUUUCCAGAAGGACAUCUGUAUAGGGAACCAGUCCAACCCCUGUGUGCCUAACAACAAAAACCCCAGGGCUUUCAAUGGCUCCAGCAAUGGGCAUGUUUAUGAGAAACUUUCUAGUAUUGAGUCUGAUGUCUGAGUGAGGGAACAGAGAGGUUAAGGUGGGUACGGGAGGGUAAGGCUGUGGGUCGUGUGAUGCGCAUGUCACGGAGGGUGACGGGGGUGAACUUGGUUCCCAUUUGCUCCUUUCUUGUUGUUUUAAUUUAUUUAUGGGAUCCUGGAGUUCUGGUUCCUACUGAGGGCAACCCCGGUGACCAGCACCAUCUCUCCUUCUUCCCAACCCCUCGCUCUGUCAGCCAUUCCUGUUCCCAUGAGAUGCCGCCAUGGGCCCUCUCAGCAGGGGAGGGUAGAGUGGAGAAAGGAAGGGCUGCAUGUGAGCUUCCUCCUGGUGUAGAAGAGCUCCUUGCCAUCCUCUUUGAGUGACGCUGGGAGAACCGAAAAGAGGCCAUGUGAGCACAAAGGUAGCUUUUCCCAAACUCAUCUUUUCGUUUCGGUGAGGAAGCAGAAGCAUCUACGUGAGACCAUUUAGCACACUGCUUGUGAAAGGAAAGAGGCUCUGGCUAAAUUCUUGCUGCUAAGAUGACGUCUGUCUAGGACUCAUGUGCCAAGCAGAGGUUGGGAAGCCAUGUGUGUUUAUAUAUAAGCCAAAAAAUGCUUGCUUCAACACCAUGAGACUCAAUAGUGGUGGUGAAUAGGAACAAAAGGUCAUUGGUCGGGAGUGGAUUCUUGAACAGAUGGGAAAGUAUAUUGUGACAAUGUCCCAUGGUGCCCUGGAGGCAAGAGCAGCUGGCUUGUGCAUGCAUGUGUGUUCAUGCACACUUGCACCCACGUGUAGUCAGGUGCCUCUGGAAAAGGCAGCCCUGACUCUUCUGUUGUUUCGAUAUCCCCAAGCAGUGUGAUUGUUUGGCUUAUAUACAGACAGAGAUGGCUGGCUGUGUCUCCCUUCAUCCUUCCUGAAUAAGGAGAAUGAAAAUUAUUGACAGAGAAGAUUCUGUGGUCUAGAUAAAAAAGGCAAUGUGCAAUCCUGCAAGAGCAAGGUAUAAAAACAGCUCCUCCGUGGCUGGCAAUCGUUUCAACCAGUUUGAACCUAGAACUUUCCAGGAAGGCUGAAGGGAAACAAUUUUCCCAGCCGCGAUUCUUUUGCCCACACUUGGGAGCAAAAGAUUCUACAAAGCUCUUUUGAGUUUUUAGACUCUUGACUAGCCAAGGUUUGGGGAGGAGUGAAGAAGCCUUUGAAGCAGCAAGGAGUCUGUAUGGUAGGGUAAGUGAGAGAGGGGGAUGUUUCCAAUGCUUUGAUCCCUUCUUACUUAACCUGAAGCUGGAAGAGCAGGCUUCUUCCCCCAAAACUGAUUACAACCGCUAUGGAGGAGACAGUUAAGAGAAAUGAGCUUGCCUCCAUGAGUGCAGCUCAGGAGGCACGAAGAGAGGGGAAGAGACUUGGCUUUUGGGGAGGGGAGCAGAGAGGGACUCUCUACCACCUCUUUGGGCCUGGCUCCCUAGCGAUGUGACUUGAGCCUAGCGUGAACACUCUUGGUAGAAGCCCUUCCACCUGCCUGCAACACCUCCUUUCCCUCUCAAAUUGUACCACUGAAGAAUAACAAAAAGAUACGUACAUGUAUAAAACUCCAGGGAUGAGGGUACCGGCAGACGUGAUGCCCCCUCCAUUUAACAUUGGAAAAUUGAGAAGGGAAAUGAAUAUGUGUCACUGCCGGUCCUGAAACUUGGGGUAGGGCUGUUCUGUGGGUAAGUUCCACUGUCCUGCCAUCCUCCCCUACACAGGGAGGCAUCCAGAGAGCCCCGGGUCUAUGUGGAAGCUUGACUGCAGGAUCGCCAUGUUGCACACAGGACACAUAAACCAGAAAGGUGCUCAUCCUCCUCUGGAAGGAAGCUACCAUGUCUCUUCAAGUCACUCCCUCCAGGGCUGCUCUUCGCCCCUGUUCGCCCUCACUCGCGACCCUUCCUCAUCCUGCCCUUGACUGCUGCCCCCGACCCUUCUCCUUGAUUUUUACCUCAGUAUCUUUCAUUUUAAAGCCAACUGAAGGCCUUGUAAAGCUUUGUUUCCUUUCUAAAAUGAACGUGGGGGCAGGGGGCUGAACCUCUCACAGAUCUGCAGAGAGGAGCACGGAGUGCUUCACCCUAGAUAACAGGAAAGACUGAGAGAGAGGACAGAGGGCGUGAGGCACCUGCAGGAGGAAGAAGGCGAAGGGCCGUGUAAACACCGCUUCGCCCUGACUCUGUCCAGGGGUCAGGGAUUCAUUCCCUCAUCUUCCUCUUACCUCACCCCUUUCAAACAAAAAACCAAACCAACCAACCUAGCGAACAGCAAUCUAGAACCAAGGGGGCUCUUUGUCUCCGCUGGCGACAGAAAUCAAGAUGGUGUUUAUUUCAUAUGUAAAUAUUUUGUUUUCUAAUUAAUUUUGUAUAGAUAAAGUGUUCUCUUGUGAGUAUUCAGGGUGUUGGGCUGGAGGGAGUGGGGUGGGGAUGGGAACGAGAGGGAAAAAGUGUUUCGUUAAUGGGUUUUCAUUUUCCAUUGGGGGAAUUGUUUUGUAUGGCUUUUGCUUCAGGGUGUCUGGAAAAAGUGAAUGCCCAUGGAGGCCAUGAUUGUGAAAAGCCAGGGGAAAGUAAUUUGUGUCCAUCCCCCCAACACCCCAAAAAAGUCUUCUUACCGGUCUGUGAGAAAUGUUCAUGCACUUUGCCAGGCUUCACGUAGGGUUCAAUUUGGCUCUACAGAGACCCCAGGUCUGACUCCGACUAGGUAGACACUAGGUUAGUGUAUUCCAUGCACACACAGGCUGGUGGCAGCAUAUGUCCUGUCAGUACCUAGAGUAGGAAAGAUUCCCAAAAGGGCUUAACCAGAAAUAAGGUCAAAUUAACUUCCCAUUUUUGGUGUGACUGAAAGGUUUCAGAAAGCUCAAUCCUGAGAAACCUCCCAGCGGUCUCCUCUGAUGCUGAAACAAUGAUCUCAGUCGUCUGACUUUUCUUCCUUAGGACCUGGGCGCUGACCCACUCCCUGCCCCAUCUCCACCCUUAGGAAACAGCCUGGCAAGCACACCUGGAGAAAUCUCCACUAACUCUACUUUUUGAAGCAAGUGAUAUCUGGUCACAGAGAGGUAGUGCUGGAUAUGUGUUUUACAAAUCUGCAUGCUUGCCUAGAAAAGGUGACAGGAUCCACUAAAAACUCAGUGGUGAGAUUCCCUUAGCAACGUUGCUGAAGUUAGGUUUAGAGGUGCGGGGGUGGGUAUGUGAGCAACGAACGAUGCCCAUGGUGGCUCUUUAUUUGCCUUGUCCUCAUUACUGCCAUCAGGAAGGUGCUACUGACCUCGAGCCAGGUGUUCAUAAUCUGGCCUUGGGUUAACCAGAUAAAUAGAACUUCUUUUCCUAGACUGUUGGCUUUGUGGUUGGCCGCCUGUAUCACAGGAUAAAAUUUCCAAAUCCAUUUACCCAGUAUAUUCACAACAGUUUUUCCUAUCCUCCCAUUAUGAAAGCUGUUAGCUGGAUAAUUUUAUUUUUCUAAACUCUUUAUUUGGCCCCGAUUGGUUGCUUUUCUUUGACUGCUGUUUGCAUUGAGACUUAGUUACUCAUGGUCUGCUCAAGAAAACUUAAAGAAAGGCUGGACAUUGUUAAAAUCUAGAUGUUACUUAAUUCUAGAAAAAUAAGCAAGUAAAAUGCAUCAGGAAGAAUUCAGCUCUAAGCCCAAUCUGUAUCACAGAUGGGAUGAAACAAUACCCAAUCCAUCCAAAACUGUGAGAUUCCGCCGAUAUCCUCAGGAGCACCUAAUAUUCCCAUGUUCUUAAGAAUCCAUGCUUUCUCUCUUUGUACCUCUAUUAUUCCCCUCCAUUGCAGAAGUGGUUGGUGAGCGUGGUCCUGUAUCAACUCCUUUCAGUGGCAAUGCUUAAAUCUCAGCAUUUCCACUGACCUCAAUAAUCUGACCCUUGAAUUUGUGAGUCGAGAAUGUGCACACCCUUCAAAGUGAUGCAUGUGCAGUGGACUUUGUUAUUUCAAAAUCUGUCACUGUGUAUCCUCGGCCAGAACUUGGGAAACAUCCUUCAUGUGUAUUCCCCUGCACUGGCUACAGCCACGCUGUGACUGAGGGGAGAAUCCCAAAUGAUUCCAUUAAAUGUUGCUGGUGGCAGUAGUGCCAAAACGCAUGUAUGACGUGAUACAGUAGGAGUCGUCUGUACAGUUAAGUGACUAUCACCCACCCGGUCUUCCGUGGCCAUCGGGAGUUGCCCAAGGAAAAAUUCUCUGCAGAGUGCUGGUCACCUGCACAUGUCAUUAAGAACUAGGUUUCUUUGGUUCCUCUUUUUUUUUUCUUUUUCUUUUGGUUGUUUGGUUUUUAGUUCAAGAUUUAGGGACAGAAUAACCAGAUUGGACAGUAAGCUUUUGGAAAAGCAUUCCAGAACUCUAUUCUUUCAAUCAUCAUUUCUCUAUAAAGGCCCUGUCAUUGCUUGACACCCUGUGAAUGUCUGUUUUUGUAUGUUAGGAAUGAUUCAGACGUGUGCACAAAUGAUGUCACUGCAGUGAUAUUGAUGAAUGCAUUCGGCAUUUCCAGGGACUGUGGCCAUACCGUAUGUGCGCUCUGAGCCCAAAGCCAUAUAGGAAACAUAUGCUCAGUAGGCUGCUACACACUGCAGCAGAGCUUUUGCUUCUUCACUUGGGUGUCAGAGACUUUUCCUCCUGUUUAAGGAGCUCUCCAUGGAGGAGCAGCCGCUGAAGGUGGAUAGUCACACUGGGACGGGUCUGGCCUUAUGUGGUCUAUGGUGGCUGAAGGUCCUGAAAAGGUCCUUCCUUUUCAUUCACCACCCCACUCCAACUACUGCCUUCCCACACAGAUGUGUUGCUUUAGCACUGAGCUGCCUGUCAUAAUCCCAGGAAAGGAGACAUAUUAAGCCAUAUUAGGGAUUUUUACAUUUAAUCACCGAAUUUACAUUAGGAUUCUCACUCCUUUUCCUGGGAAUACAUUAUAGGAGAGAAGAGGAAGAAAGCAGAGAGCACUGAGAGCAAUAGAGUAGGGAACGAGGAUACAGGUUCUAGAUGGUAAAGACAUUUAGACCAUAUUUUAGCCUCCAUCUGCUUUAAGGCCCAUAUGACACCUAAAUAGGAAUCCUAGUUGGAAGUUAUUUUUAAAUAACGAGUGUAUAAUUUAUGGAUUUCUAAAUUCAGUAUCUUGUAGGAAAGUUAAGAAUAUGAUUUUUUUUUUCUAUAGAAAAUGGAAGACUGGACUGGACGUGGUGGCUCAUGUAAUCCCAGCACUUUGGGAGGCUGAGGUGGGCAGAUCACCUGAGGUCAGGAGUUUGAGACCAGCCUGGCCAACAUAGUGAAACCCCAUCUCUACUAAAAGUACAAAAAUUAGCCCUAAACUUGGUGGUGGGUGCCUGUAAUCCCAGCUACUCAGGAAGCUGAAGCAGGAGAAUCGUUUCAACCCAGGAGGCAGAGGUUGCAGUGAGCUAAGAUAGCACCACUGCACUUCAGCCAGGGCAACAAGAGCGAGACUCCAUCUCAAAAAAAAAAAAAAAAAAAAAAAAAAUGGAAGCCUGAUACUUCUCCUCCAUUACAUGUUACUGAGUAGGCAACUAGAAAGAUCAAACUGAAUUAAUGAUACAGUAAAAAGUUACAGUCAUUGUCUGGUCUCUGUCCCAGUUUAAUUAAUCUUCCAAUUAGCAGGGUUAGUCUAUAUCCUAUACUUCCCACCUCCAUGGGGGGUACCCAGCUAUUCCAGUAAAAGAGUCACUUAUGAUCUCAGGUGCUACUUAAUCUGUGGGGCAGUUCUUUCUUGGGCCUAUCAGAUGUUUGGAAUGACACCAAAAUGCAGAUUAGUUAGUCUAAGAAUGUCUAAUAUUGAUCUGUAUUCUAGGGGGGUGUUCCAGUAUUGUAUAAAAUUGUGGGAUAUCUGACAACAUCCCACCCUCAACUCAUUCCAACCACGUUGACUCGGCCACACAGGGGCCCUAUGAGUUCUAUGACUUAGAAGAGAUAGGCUAUCUAUUCCCAUGACCAAGGCCCCCACCCAAAACCUUAAAUUGAAAAUCAGUGCUGUUACUUUCACACCUUGGAGAGAUCUGUGACGUUAAGGGCCCCUCAUUUACAAUACUGAAGCAAGAAAAAAAGAAUUUUGUUCAGAGUAAUGGGUUAGAAUAGCAAUGCUGGGAAUAAGUGGGGAAAGUGAGAAAUCAUCCACAUUUCUCUCUACAUCUCUCAGAGCUCCUCACGGAGUUUCUGGAGCUGUUUCAUGCUUUGAAUAUAAUUGCUGGUGUGAUUAUGAGGGUAAGGGCUCCUGAAAGAACUGAAGGUGAAAAGCAGAGUAGAUGAGUAGAAUUCCUCAGAGCCUUGGCACUCUGGUGUGUAGAAUCUGUGUUUUGGCAAAGGGAAAAGAACUCAGUGCAAGAAUUAAGGUACAAUUAAAAAGCGCAACACUUAGCCCAAUUUAAACUGUUAUUUUAAAGAUUGGGUUUCCACACUUUAAAGCUGAACUCCUUUAUCUGUAAUUAUUUUAGUGUUGUGAUUUAGGGGGUGGAGCAGAUUCUAGUACUAUGCAGGAGAAAAAAAGCUGUCUGCUUAAAUAUGUGAGUUUAAUUAAACUAAUGUCUAUUGUGCACAUACUACAUCCCUAGGCUAGUUCUGUGAACAAUAUAAAAGGUUUAAAAAUGGAGUAUAUCAUACUCACAUAGAAUGUAUGAAUGCAUAAGUAUAAAAUGUAUGUAUGUAUUAAUAGGUAUGCAUACAUUUGUAUGAUUAUACAUGCAAGUUUAAUAUUUUCUGGUUUCAGGGUAUGAGUCAAAGAUAUCCAUUAUGUUAUUUGAAAAAAAACAUUGCCAUUGAGAUUCAGCUUUCUAUAUCAAGGCCAGGCCUAGACUUCUUUUGAAAUUACUGCACCUCCCUGAGCUAAAACUCUGGAAUUUCCUCUCUGACCACAACCUUGCAUUUUCUACAUCUUCCUCCUUUCAAGACUUCUCUGUUGUUCUGGUCCAUAAACCCAUCUGUCUUCACCGACUUCCCUCUUUGGUCUAACUCUGUGUUCAUCCACAUUAGCAAUAUUCUCACUGGCAAUUCUUUUUUUUUUUUUUCUAGCCAUCUCACUACACCAACCAUGGUUAGCUAACUACAUCCCUUCCCCUUGUCAUUCACUGCAUCUCCAAGAAGAGAAGGUCUUAACCUGUGCUAAAGAGCACAGAUUCAAUCCAUUUAAUCUCACCUGAACCCUACUCACUCGGACAACUUUUUAAUUUCUCCAGUGUUGACUCAGUGUCACGUUCUGUGUUUGUUAAAUUUGUUUUAUUUAUCUUUCAAGUUCAUGUCCUGUCUUUCAACAGGCAAUAUUUCCUACUGUGUCUUCAAGAAAAUAUGUGAUCAUUGAAUCCUCACAUAAGCUGUCCUCUCUGCCUUUAGAUUUCUUGUCUUUCACUCAUCUUUUCCAUCUUUCCUCCCCACAGAGGGCCCCUCUUCCCUAUGCUCUGACCUCUUCUGAGCUGCUCUCCAGCCAAUUGUACUUCUCUCUUUUGCAUCUUCAACUCCGUAUCUACUUGCAACUGUCUCAAAAAAUCCAAUCCUACAGGCGUCUCUAAAGGCAAAUCUCUCAAUCCAAUUUGACUCUUGAAUUUCUGUCCUAUCUGUUUAUCUUUUCACUUCCCCACUUCUUAAAAGGGUAUUCGUUCUCCACUUUCUCACCUUAUGCUCCUGGCUUCAUCAAUGGGCUGCACCCUACCACUCUUCUGAAAUGACUCUCAGGCAACAGUCCAAUGAAGUUCUUGUUACAAAAGUCAAUGGCCUUCUUUCUUUACUUUCCCUGCUCUUCGGACUCACUGGGAGGCAAUAGAGUCUGGUUUUAAUCGUAGUUCUCUUGUCCUGUUACCUCGUUGGUUCCUGCUCUUCCUCCUGUCUCCUCAGCAUUGACUUGCCAUGGUGUUCUGAGCUUGACCCUCUUCUUGUCUUCAUGCUUCUGUAGCAAUCUUUGUUUUCUAUGACUUCAAUAACUCUUCGAAUGAAGGUGAAUCCCAAAUCUUCACUUUUGGCCCCUACCUUUUGCUUUGCCUUAAUACACAUACUUCCAGUCACCUUCCGAACAGCCAACUUCAUGUUGACUCAAGUAUCCAAGACCAUUGCUACAGACCAACAUAAUCACCAGGUUCCUCCUUUUGCUUAAUGGUACCACCAUAUCUUCUGUCACCAAAUUCAAGCUUUUCAGGCACUUUUGCCUUCUCCAUUUUCUUCACCCUGCAUAUCUAAUAAUUUGAAAAGAUUUCCAGUCUUCUCUUUUCAUUCAGACCCUUCCUUCUAGUUGGGAUUAUUUCAACAUCUUUUAGCAUUGUUACAGUAUAUUAUAUUUGACUCUACUCUUACCAGUACUCACUUCCUAAAUAUAAAUCAGAUCAUGUCGUUCUUCAGCUCAAGAAACAACCUUCAGUGGGCUUCACUUGCUGUAGUCCACCAGCAAUAACUUCUUGUUACUUGACUGUGUGUGUGCCCCAUAAUCCAGACAAGCUGAACCAAAUUUGUUCCAACUUUCCCCACCAGUUUGCUUUCCCACCUGCGUCUUCCCUUUGCCCAAAAUGCUCUCCUUCCUAUCUCCCAUUUCACUCCCUUCUUGAAUAAUAUCCAUCCCCUCCAUAGAAGUCUUCAAAGACCAGAACAAUUCUUUACCUUCCAUCCAGAAAAUAAUUUUAGGCAUUUUAUGAAUGCCCAUAACAUUUUCGUUGUGUCUUCCUAGUGGCAGCUAUCAUGAGCCAUCUUAUUUCAUAGGUAUUUGGUUAUACGUCUUCAUCUCUCCCGCUAGAGCAUAAGCUCCCUGUGUUCGGGGCCAUGUAUUUUUAAAUCUUUUUAUCUCCUGUAGCACUAAACAGAGUACCUUGUAUAUGAAAGGCAUCAGUAAAUAUUGGCUAUUAUUAUAAAUUACAAUCGAGAAGGAGUCACUUUAUUUUGCCCCUUUGGGUCAGCAGUAGCCCCUAAGGAUGAAUCCCACGUUUCUUUCUACAUUAUCUGCACAAUCACAUGUAUAGGCUACAUAUGUACAGUUCCAUGUUAAUAAUUAUUUCAAAUGAAGUCUGGAUUUUUCUAAGUGCUUCAUCCUUUGAAAUCCUUCUGGACUGUUGUACGGUUAGAAAGUGUACUUGGAGCACUUCAUGUACACAAGCAAGUAAGUGACAGGGGGAGAAUCGGUGAAGGAUAUUGAUCAGAUUUUAGGCAUCAGCUUUUCAGAUGCUUUGGGUAGAGCUUGUAUCCAGACACUUCACUACUAAGAUUGAGUCUCUAACAACCUGAUCCAUGCUGGGAUUUGUCUGUCUGUGAUCCAAUAUGUAGCUUCUUUUUUAACACUUGCAGUACCAAGAGAACCUUGUCACAGUUCCGGCUCACUAAUCCCACAGCCUUGUAGACCCAGGUGGUGGUGGUCCAGUAGGACCACUGUAUUUCACCACACGCUACUUCCACAUUUGUGGCCUUGGAGGAACUGUUUGUGCUGGUCACCACCUUGUCUUGAUAUUGCCUUCCUGGGCUCUGUGGCUUCUCACCCUUUCUGAGGCUUUGUCUGCAGGGUGACUUCUCCGAAAGGGAAGAUAAGAAUUGAGGUAAUUGAGCACUUUACCUCUUAUCUGUAUGUUUACAAUGAAAGUAAGUUGGGAUUUGAAUGAGCUGGCUUAGAGAGAAUCCUAGUCUGGAAACCACUCCUUUCUCUGUAAAUAUAAAGGGAUUCAUUACCUCAGGGGGGAGACAUGGCUUCUGACCUUACGGCCCUCCUGUAUCCUCUGGUCCCUAUAUUCUUGGAGCCCUGUUUACCCUUCCUCCUUCUCACUUGGCUAUAGGCUAUACUUAGAAGUCCAUCAUUCCUUCUAGCCAGUGCCAGCCUCUGUCCCUCGGAAGAAGCUUGGAACUGCUACUGUUCAUUCACUUCAGCUGGUCUGGUAACCGGUAACGAUAACGUUCCCUUUCCUUCUGGCCAGCCUUCUCUAUAAAUCUCAUUAUGCCAUUGGCCAUGAAUUAUUCCCCUUUAGGAGGCAUCUUCUGCCACUGUGUGCUAAUUUAAAGCAUACUAUGGAGAACUGAACUCAAAUAAGUUACAGGCAGUGACAAGUCUCUUUUUCAAAAAAGUGAAUGAAGUCCAUUCUUCACUGAGACAGGAGUGGGUAGGACAAUUAUUAUUGGCAAGGUAGGACAAAACUUGUGACGACUUGGGAGAUACACCUAUUAGAAAUUAAAAUACAAGUGUAGAGAGAGAAUUUUGCUUUUCAGAAGUCCUAUUGGGUCUAGAUAGUCUUGCUCCUUAAAAUGAGAAGAGUUAACAUUUUAGAGCAAAAUCCAUUUUGUUAUACAAUGAGACCCUUUUUUUAGCUGAUGAAACAAAUAAUCUGGUAACAGCUGGUGGAAGGAUAGGAAGACAGCCAUCCUCAUGAAGGACAUUCAUGAAUCUCAUUUGGGCCAAUGAGUGGACCAAAAUUCUAGGCAUUUUAUCCAUGAAGUGUUCACGUCGAUUAUUUUGCCUUCAAAUACCCACAAAAGGAAAGGGAGGAUAUAAAGAAGGAAAAGAACAGAAAGUCUACAGCGGAGCUUCCUUUGUUUCACCAGUAAAGCCAGAAGCUGACGUGUGAGGCAUAUGGGUUCCCCUUGGUUACUGGCCUCAUUGAUAGGUUCAGAAAGUAGGGAACCUUGAAAGAGCAAGGCCCAGAGCUGAGAUAAGUGAGGAACCUGAAUGCAACCUUAUCUAUGAGGUCCUGAUAUCCACAAGGAGACUGGCCCUGUGUCAUUCCCUUCAGACUACAGCACCCACAGAGCCCUUGAUCAUCACCUGGGCAGAGAGAGUGACUCAUCAUACCACCCUUACCCACAGAAUAGAGGCCACCAGGUGUGAUUCCAUCUGUCCCCAUUGCAGUAAGAGACUCACAGUCUCUAAGAGACACAGGAGAACAGUGUCAAGGGAAGAGGCCACAGGAAUGUGAAUGUGCUGAGCUGCCUGCUCCUCUAGGAUACAUAUAUUACUGGUUCCAGAGGGGAUUUUUUUUUUUUUUAACAAAAUGAAACAAAACAUGCCUGUCUAAAAUUUCAGCCCUAUUCAGAGCAGUCUUGCAGUUAACUGCCAUUGUCACUGUCCCAUUUUAAUUAUAAUUGAUUUUCUUUUGAAAUCAGUAGCUAUAUCAAUGCUCCCUAUAGCCAUGACAUAAGAACCCUCUGCAAACCAGAGACCUGACCACUAUAUUGUCUCUGGCUGAGUUAUGCUCUCAGUAGUUCGCAAAUUGCUCCCACAUAUUCACCCAAACAGCACAACUGCACAGAAUUUGAUCUCUUUGCCAAGACCACCUCAUGCCUAUGCACCUCCCUAAGGCACAUACAACCUUAACAAAUGGAUCCAAAUGGCCAAUGUCAAUCAUGUUACGGUAGACGAAAGUGUUCAUUUAGAUGGAAUAAACAGAUAUGUUGUAAUUUAUGCAGCCAGUGAUUUUUCUUUUGCUCUACCUGGCUUGUGGAUCAUUGAUGCCUCAAAGGUUGACAGAAAUAUUCAGGCUUCAUGUGAAGGCAGCAUUUUCUAUGUGAUGGAACAAACCUAGUUAUCCUGUUCACUGUCCUGUUUUACCCUAUGGAAUCUGUGUGGCCUUCUAAGGGCCUAUUGAUGGAUUGGUGCUAAGAGGAUGGAGAAGCAGAAGCCAGUCCCCCGAGAACAGACAGUCCUGUUGCUUAGAUACAUAUUCACACAUGUGCCCACAUCUCUUCUUGGAAACAUCAUGAGCAGAGGUGGAGAGGUCUGGUCUCAAUGGGAGGAACAGGGAUAAGAGAAUUUCUUGAGAAUAGGGAUUCUCAAGGAAUCUUGAGAAUAGGGAUUCUCAAGGAAUCUUGAGAAUAGGGAUUCUCAAGGAAUCUUGAGAAUAGGGAUUCUCAAGGAAUCUUGAGAAUAGGGAUUCUCAAGGAAUCUUGAGAAUAGGGAUUCUCAAGGAAUAGGGAUAAAUGCCUUCAGGAAUUCAAUAAUUUUUCUGUUCACCCUCUCCCAGGGUCAAGAGCAGGAAAAAUAUCAAGACUUUAUAUAGGCAGGAAGCAAGGAGGAUAGCAAAACAUCCAGUUAGAACUCUGAGAAAAGCAUAAAGUAGCAAAAUUACCUUUUCUUUGAUAUAAAUGCAUUUGGAAGUUACAGCUGUGUUUCCUUCAUUAACUUUUCAUCUCUUGCAGUCUUUACUUCUCUUUCUCAAUUUAUUCAUCUUGAACUAUUCUUAUCCUGAGUUGGCUCCAAGCAGCCCACCCUCAAAACACACACAAUGUUAGCAUGAGAAGUUGAGUGAGCGCAGAGCUUAACACAUGCAUGGUACUUAAGAUUUCCAAACCCAAGCACAGUCAAUCCCACUGCAUUUGAUGACUAGGAUGGGGCCUGCUGUAUAUAGCUGGACAUCUUAGAUUACGGAAAAGAGGCUUUAUGUGAAGGUAGCAUUUUCUUUGUGGUGGAACAACCUGGUUAUCCUGCUGACUGUCCUAUUAUACCUGGUAGAAUCCAUAAGGUCCUGUUGAUGGAUUGGUGCUAAGAAGAUGGAGAAGCAGAAGCCAUUCUACCGAGAACAGAUAAUCCUGUUGCUUAGAUAUAUAUUCUUUAUUACAGGACUGCUCCUGAGACUCUUGCAUACCUUCAAUGAUCAGAGCAUUCACUUUGAUUAUUUCUUUUUAACAGGCACAAGAAAUGGGUCACAUGGAAAUCUGAAGAGUCAUUCCUAUGUAAAGAGGCCCUGGGCUCCUGCGGUUUAGCCUGCCUCUGCUCUCCUCCUUGGGGGAUGGUGGAGGUUCUAGAAUAACCAUGAACCCAGUAGGUUCCACCACUCUUAGCCUGUGGUACAUUCUGAAUAAAUCACAGUAGUUGGUUUGUGAAUACAGGAGAAUUUACCAUAACCAUUUCUCCAAAUAACCUCUUUUGACUUGGAAAUAGGAUCAUCUUUCAGUUUGAAAAGUCAAAGCAUGACACAAUUGGAUGAUUAGCCAAAAGUAAGAUUAUACAGAAAAUUCUUGGCAGAAACAAAACUUGUCCAAACCAAAACUUAGUGAAAUUUCUAACUCUCAGCCUAGCUCAGUGAGUAAUGCUGUCUGUCUGCCCCCACUGGAGGUUUUCAGCAUUUAGCAACAGAGAAGAGUCAUGAAAUGUAGGCAGCUUGUUUAGCCAAAUCUUUUCUAUGAAACUUGCCUUUGCAGACACACACACACACACACACACACACACACACACACACUCCACAUAAAUCUAUAGAUACAAGUCAAAAAGGGCAAGAAGAAAGAAAAAAUUUGAAAAUCAGAAAGGAUAGAGAGGUUUCCACAGUGAAGAAAACUUGAAAGUCAAAAAUGUUUUGAAUUCUAUGGGGUAAGAUAUUGUGAAUAAUUAUUUUCUAUUAAAAUUUUUAUGUAGCAUGUAAUCCACACAAAUAAAAAAACUUGAAAAAAAACUAGGGCAGAGGAUUUCUUCGAGAAUGCUACACGGGAAGAGAGCCUUCAGGAACAUGUGCAGGGGAGCCAUGAUACUUUGGAGGUGUCGGUAGUUUUGGUCAGCCCACAGUGAGCAGGGCAGCCUCAAAGAAGAGCCCCUUACAUACUCUUCUGGGCAUCUCUGUCUGAGUUCAAACAUACAAGCCUAAUUCCAGGAUUAAGGCAUGAGUUAGCACUGAACAAAAAAGUAGAACGCAGUUCACAUACACAAUGAUUUCCUGAAGAAGAACCUUUAGCCCCAGACCCAUAAUAAAUUACUACCUGUCUAUAUUCUGAGGAAAGGGAAGCAUGGGUGUUCCUAAAAUGAAUAGUCUCCUGAGAAUACCCGUGAGAUCUUGAUUUUUCUCCCAAGGUUGCAGUGGUGAAUUAUUUAUUAAGCAUCCACAGAUCAGAGAAUCUUGCAACAACCCUCUCUUGCAACCCACCUGUUCACUUAUGAAUGGUACCAAGCUCAGGAAAUAAUGCAUCUUUCCAAAGAUUUUAGUAUCUUUAGUUUGUGUGGCAGAAGAAAUUUUGGCUCAUGUACAGAGCAUUACGCUUAUACCAAAAACAGUGAAUGAGAUCUAGUGUCCUGCUUAAUGUAGAGUAACUAUUUUUUUAUUUCAUCAGUCCUUCCUAGCCCUAGAGGGAAGAUAGGAGAGGAAGUAGGAAGACGGGAAAAGCCCUUCGAUGAAUGAGUGAGGAGUCUUCUAUACCAUCAACUUCACAAUGUACUCAUCCCUGUAGCCUGGUUCAGGAGGCUAGUCUCAGAUGAUCGGAGCAAAUGGAGGAGGUAGCUUUUAUUCCCAUGCAUGAAGAUUGAGGGGAGAAGGUAGGCACUAAUUUUUUUAAGAUCAAAAAAAAAAUCAAGCCCAUUGUAAAUCUCAUUUUCCUCUUGUCCUUUUGCCUCCCAAUAAUUCACAUAAAAUCAUGUUACCAUAGUAAGCUAAGAGAGACGGGCAGUAGCUAUUCUACUUUGACUUCGUGGUAAGUUCAGUUCAUCUCUUUCGUGAGUGUCGCUACAGAUACCUGGAUCAUGAUGAUCCUUAACAAGAAUCAUGUUAAGACGAUCAUAUGACCUUAAACAGGGCACAGGGCCAACAGCUGAUAAGGUAUUUGGAGCCUCUUAUUCCCCCAAGAUGACCAUUCCCUGUCUUCUGCUACAUCUAUAUUCACUGGGGGUAGGUAGGAAAAUAGCAGGAUUCUUGGGGACCUUGAGAGCAUGGAGAAUUAUUUGAUUGAAACCACAGAGUUCUUGUGCAUAGUAUUAAAUAUUAAAAUAGAAAUGAAAAGCUCAACUUUUCUGAGCUGCACCAUAGUGGCCAAAGGAGGAAGUCUUACAAAGAAAAUCUAUAUCUGCACAACACCGAAGCCACUAAACCAACAGUACACACAAAAUAAAGAUACCUUCCUAUUCGAGUAUAUCUUAGGGGGCAUGGAUGCUCAGGUAUCCUAUGAAAGGCAGAGAAGAUAAGCUCAAUUUUCGAGCCCAUAGCUCUCUCCUGAGCAGCAAGAUCCACAUGAGCUUCAACUCUUUCCCACUGAGCCUAGGGGUGGAGGAUAAUUCCUCUUAUGGUUUUGACUUGUUUCCAAGUGAGGCUUCUCCCUUUGGUCAUUGGCACCUUGGCAGCUCACACCUCUCCGUGGCCUCUUCUGUAGCUUUCAGAAAAGAAAAAUAAUAAUCUGCCUAACCCUGCUUGGGUAAGGCCUGUUGGCAGAAGCCAGGUAUGUGGGUGGAAGUUAGAAGAUGGGCAAGGAAUUCUUAUCUCAGAGUUUCAGCACUGUGACAAUGUGGGAAAAUGCAUGUGCCCAGUAACUUCCAAACUAAUCAGAAGUUGGAGUAUUUUUGAGACUUACAGUGUCUUUACUUCAGUGAAACAAGCCAUAGCAACAUUAUGCCCUGCACUGUCUUCUGCUCACCCUUCCAUGGACAAGAGCUGCUUUUCCCAGGGAGACAAAUAAGACCAAGAACAAAACUCCAGCCUUCUGGGCCAGUUAGAAGUGUUUUCACCUUUCCUUUCUUUUUCAUUUUCUUUACUACAUAAUGGGGGAAAAAAUCUGCCUGGCCAUUACCAAUCAAACAUUCUACUUGCUAAAUAUGUUAUAGAAUUUCAUGAAAAAAAAAAAAAAAAAAGUAGAAUUAGCAGAUUUCAUUUAAUCCCAAGGGUCUUUGCUCUUUUCUCCCCCUCAAAGUUAUCUCUUUGAGUCACCUGGUCUCCUCUUUCCUCUUCUGGGCAGACAUGAUUCCAAACUGAAUUUCAGUGGUUGGUGCUUUGCAAAAAAGACAGACAGCUAUAAUAUAGAAUAGACCAAAAUACUUAUAUUUUUAGCCACUGCAAAGUGGGUUUCAUUGUUGAGAAAAAGCUUCCAAGCUCUUACCUGGAAACUCUUCCUCACCUCCCAGCCUCCUGGCAGCUCUCCCGGUUCCCCCCCCCACUUUCUUUUCCAAUGAAAAAGGGAUAUAUCCCUUCAACUGAAUUCUUGUCUAAACUAUCAGACUGUUAAAAGAAACCCUUGACAGUAAUUUUUCAUGGUUUUCUCAACAUUUUUUAACUUAGGAAGUUGGAGAAAGAGAAUGACACACAGGCAAACAAGGUCUUGUUCCCGGGUGCUUCAAUUCAAGGUCAAGUGCUGGGAUAGAGAGCGCCUCUUGGUGGAGAGGGAUGUGCUGUGGAAUAUUAAGCAGUCUCUGAGUAUGUGCACUGGUGCUUUGGUCGAGAUGCCUAUUGUGUAUGUGGAGACAUUUUGUGGCUUUUCUUGUUCUCUUUUUUAAUACUAUUUCAAGGCACAAGCCCUGUAUAAUGGAGGAUACAUGUCUAGCUUGAACAUGCUGGUAAUAUGGUACUGUCCUCAGCUCCCCUUGGCCCUGGGUUCAUAGAAGGCAAGUGUUUCUAAAUUUCUCACCCAAUGAGUUGUUGCAUGUUAUUUUUAACCAUUAAUAUUGUGUGCCUAUUGGAAUGAGAAAGAGGUUGAAUGGGAAACAGAUUCAGUGACAAGCAGACAAAAAGCUUGCUUCUGAAAAAUUGUUCUUCACUGAGUUAAAAAAAAAAUCUAGAAACAAAGAAGAGGGGAAUUGGGGUAGAAUGAUUUGGGGGUGAAGAGAUGAUGACACCCACAUCCAGAUGCUCCGGUGUAUUCCCUUAGAGAGUUAUUUGUCAUUCCCUGCGAGCUCUGGCAGAAGGAGAGGCUGUGCUGCCACUGAUGGCUCAGACAUGGUAACAGGCUGGCUUUAGAAAGAGGCGUAGGCUUUCUUCCAGGCAACGUUGAUAAGCGUUGCAGCUUGAUUCUUCAAAACCUUGUCUACAAAUGUUUAGGGCAGCUCCUCUCCAAUUAUUUCCAUUCUCCAGUCAAGAAGAUUCUGAGUAGAAGAGCCUUGUAUGCACUGUUGAUUACACUGACUUAAAUCGGGAAGCCAAGGGGCACUGAGGAUAACUGAAUAUAUCAGGGAAAUGGAGUUAGCCAAACCUUUUGUUUUCAAUAUUGGAAUGAUUUUGGAUCACAAAGUUAGGUCACCUCUGAGAGAGAAAAUCUUUUAAAUAAAAUUGUAUCUUUCCAUCUCCAGCGAAAUAACUAGGUUUCUAAUGUGAUUACUGUUUACUUCAGGAAGAAAAUUGCUAGAUUCAAUUACAAAUAGGCAUUUUACAGAUUGAUUUAAUCCUGAGUCUUAUGCAUAUUAACAUGAAAUUGACUGACUCAGACAUAAUCUUCUAAGCUGUAAACUAUUGCUGACGGGUAGAUCGUAUGUUCUAAGCGAACCAGGAAGGCUAAAACAUUAAGUAAUCCUCCCAAAUAUUCAGCUUCUGCAUUUUCCACUACAGUAGUAGGGGAUUUGGGAGUUAGACCACAGGGGAGGGGAGGGAUAGAGUGUCAUGGAUCAAUAAAACUCAGCGUAACUUUUUUUAACUAUUACAAAAUAAUAAUUAACCCAAGGACAAUUAUCAAACCAGAAAGAAGCAUGAAAAGUGAGCUCUGUACUUGCCAUUGGUUAGAAUUUAGAAACACUUAUAAUAAAUAUCUAGGUUUGGGGGAGGAGUUAUUUCUUUGCUUGCUUUGCUUUGCUUUGUUUAUUGGAGCUCUUAUUUGUGGGAUAUUUGGUCUGUGGCUUCAGGGCAUAUUUUGGAUAAAUGACUUAUUCAUGCAUUGAUAUUUAUUGAGUGGAAACCCAUGCCAGGCUGUUCUAGUUGCUGGAAUAUAAGCAUGAAACACACAAAGUCCAUACUCUCUUGAAGUUUCUAUUCUGAUGAGAGGAAACAGACAAAAAAGCAAAUCAAUACAUCUCACGUCAGAUAGUGCAAAGUGACAUGCAGAAAAAUGAGGCAGAUGAAGGGCGACAGAUGACAGGAUGGGUGUGGGGUUGCUACUUUUGAGUAAGCAAACAUGACAUUUAAGUAAAGGUUGAAAGGAAAUAAGGGAGUGAGACUUGGUGCUUCCUAUGCAAAGGCAAAGAGAAAGCAAUUCCAAAGGCCCUGUUGUCAAACCAAACGCUUAGCAAACUUGAGGAAGAGCUGGGAGGAGAAGAGUGUGAGAGGUGAGGUGAGAGACGGGGCAGUAGCAAGUCGGGAAGGGCCUCGUAGGACCUUGUCAGGAUUUGGCUUUUACCAAGAGAAAGAUGGGAAGUCGCUAGAAGGUUCUGGUCAGAGAGUAAUAUGAUCAAACUUCAGUUGAAGAAGCAGCUUUGGGACUGCUGUGUUGAGAUUGUAUCCGGAGAGGGAAGACAAUGGAAGCCGCAGAAAGACCAGUUAGGAAGCUCUUGCAACAAUCCUGGUUAGAGGUCGUAGUUGCUUGGGUCAUGCUGUUAGCAGGUGAGGUGAUGAGAAGCAGUUGGAUUCCGGAAAUGUUUUGAAGAAUGGAUCCGACUCAGUUUGCUGAUGAAUUAGAUAUCGAAUCAGAGGAAGAAAAAUCAUAAGAAUAACCUUAGAAUGUCUGGCCUGAGCUAUCGAAAGUUUGAAGUUGCCACUGGUGUUAAGACAGGAAUCCUACAGGUGAGGCCCACUGGGAAGGAAAGCCUUAGAGUUAAAGGGGUCUACAGAUGUUCCAAGCAGAAAUGAUUAGGCAAUCAGAUAUAUGGACCUGGAGUUCAGGGAACAGGUAGAGCCUGGAAUUUGUAUGCAUUUGGAUGGUAUUUGAAUCCAUGAUACUGGAACUAGUGACAGAAGAGAAUUCUCUGUACUGAGACCCAGGGUGGAGGGUUGCUUAAAGCUCCAGGAGAUGAGGAGGGACCAGCACUGGGAGGAGUGGUUAGGGGGUAAAGCAAGUACUACUACUGAGUAGGAUAAGACUAUCUGGAAACAUGGAAGUCAUCCCAUGAUGACCUGGAAAAGAGCUGUUUCAGUGGACUUGUGGGGGCAAAAGUAUGACGCGGUGGGCUCAAGAAAGAGUGGAAGGAAAGGAGGUAGAGACAACAGGAAUAGGCAAUUCUUGAGGAGUUUGGCUGUAAAGAGGACACGGAAAUAGCAGAUCGUAGAGAAUGUGGGUCUCAGGGAGGCACUUCUGUUUUUAAGAUGGGAGAAAUAACCCGUUUUAUGUUGACCAGACUAAUCCAGGAGAAAGGAAAAACUGAUGAUGCCUAGGGGGACAGGACAAUUGGAGUAAUGUCUUUGAUGAAAUGAGAGGGCAUGGGAUCCAAUACACCCACAGGGGGACUGGCUUUAGGGGACUAACCAGGUUUGUUUGUAUUAGUAGCAGGGAGAUAGUGCAUUUGGGCACAGAUGCAGGUCGGUCGGUAAAUGGGAUGACGGGAGUAUGUUUUUUCUGAUUGAUGAUUUUUAGUGAAAUAUGAAAGGAGUUCAUCAGUCAAGAGUGAGUAUAGGGAAAGAGCAUUGGAGGUUUUGGAAGGAAGAAGGCAUGAAUGAGUCAUCUAGCCAUCCAGCAGCAAGAGUAAGAAACAACAAAAAUGGAGGAGACACCAACAAUAUAGGAGACAUGCCAGGUGGCACAAAGGACUUAUCUGUGGUUUUAUGAUCAUGUCUUUAAAGAAAUUUAAAGUUGUUCUUCAGUCACUUUCAGCUGUUUAUACAGGGUGGCAAGUUAGAUUGGAACAAGGUUGGGGUAUAACCAGGUGAAUGUAAUGAAAGCAACAAGCCAUGUGGAGUUACGGGCAACGGGAGUGCAUUCACUCCAGUAUUUGGUCAUGGAAUCCAAGCUGGGUAUAGUGGAAAGUGAGGACUUUUAGGGAAGGAGGAACAAUGAAGUAUAUUAGAGGCAGAGGAUUGAGAUUCGAGCUGGGAUUAGUGAGUCAGGGGUCUCAGAAGCAGUAACCUAGAAAUUAGGAGCUGGCUCAGAGGGCUGGAUGCUUGAGGUUACGGAGUGCUUGCAGUUAUUGGUGGUUUGGGGUCUGAUAUUAGGGUGAUGGGCUGAGAAGAGAUAGAGGAAAGGUUAUAGAAGGAGCAGAGGUCAAGGAACUGAGAGGCCAGGAUAUGGGAAUGAUAUAUGGUGACUUCCAUAUGACAGGAACAUAAAUUAUGACAGGAAUGAGGGAGAGUGAUUCACGAACACUUCCCUCACUGCAUCAAGUAAGGGGUGCAGCUAGCCUAGUCUGCCAUGCAUCAAAGCUGGAUUUUGUGGUUGCACGAUACUUUUAAAGAGGAGGAGGGAGGAUGGUCUGGAAUGGCAAUGAGGGGCAAGGAGGGCAGGCCUCAGGGCAUGAGGAAGUUCCAGUGGAAAUGCUCACCACCUGGGAGUGCUUCAGGGUCCUCAAAGAGGAGCUGUGUUUCCGUGAGAGCAAGAAGAGGAAAUCAACUGUCAGGGUUAAGGCUGGUGAUGAACCAUGAUUCCUAGGUAGGAUUUGGGAGUUGGUAAAGGAUGGAAAAUGGCCUGAGAUGGAAGAUGUGCAUGGGUAUCUGGAGAUGAAAGUCCAAGUGAUGAGUGACUGGGGGUCUUGGGCUUCUUGUGGUGAGUGUCCUAAGAACGGCUGUGGGCAUUUGGGGUUGGCUCUAAUGGUCUGUGUGUCAGAUCGAGGUGGUGAUGCUUCAAGUGCCUGGGGUAGGGACUUGCUGGCAGCACUUGGAACCCCUGGUGCCUCUUCCUCAGUCCUGAUACUUGUUUUUUUAACUUCCACUAAAAACCCCACUGCUACCUGUGAUAGGCCACAGCAUAUUUUUCUAGAUGUCAACAAAUGUGAUCCGGAUUGAGGCCACAUUUUGACUAUUUACCUUGGAAAGUACACAUUUUCACAGGAAAGCUUGUCCUUUCUAUUUCAAAGGUUCCCAGCUAAGCUAAUGUCUUUGGGGGAAUCAUAAUUCUUUGUUCUUACCUUACCCCUUGCUCAUCUUUAAAGAAAAAAUCAAAUAAAAGGGAUUGGAAAGCAACUUUGCUUUUGCCCUAUUCUGCUAAAUGAAAGUUUUCUCUGAUGGAUCAUUUUGAUUUUGUAUUUUCUUUUUGUGACAGAGAGAAACAGUGGGACAGGAGCAUAUGGAAAGGACUGAAAGUCUUUAAAAAGCCUUGAGAGAGAGUUUCGGAGGAUCAGGAGAGGGUUAGAAAGAAAAGGACUUUGAAUGGGGCUGCAUAAAUAGGGAGCAAGCGAGGACUCCUGGGGAGGGCCUGAAAAAAGAGGUUUGGCCAAGGAAAGCAGAAAAAUAAAAAUCCACUGUGUAGGCAUUUGGAGAUUUAGCAGAAGCAACCUAGAGUCUGCUCCCUGAAACUGGACAUCAUUUCUGACACACAGGAUGCUCUAAUUCUAUUUCCUGUGCCAUUUAAAAAAAUCGUUAUUUGAGAAGAGAAGCUGUUAGGCCAUUUCUAGUGAACUAUUUUUCCAAACCCUCACAGAACCCUGAGCAGGGUUGAGUGAGAUCACAAUCGCUGCUGCUGCUGGUUCAGCCUCUCUGUCCACUAGCAAAGGCAAACCUUUCAGCAUGACCGUGUCCUGCCAGCCAUUUUCCCCAAAAGAUUAAAUUGUGUUCAUCUUGGCUCAUCCAAUGCCACAUCUCGAGUUCUUGUGUAGAUGGUAUUACAGCCAACUCGAGAAGUCAUACCUUAUUUUAUGCACUGAGUCCACAUCAAACUAUUUAGGAAGGAAGAGGGAAGCUAGGGAAGCCAGGAAGCCAAGGAUGUAUUGUCAUGACCUCACUUUGCUUUCUGACCUCCUGGAAUCCACUCUUUGGAAGAUGAGCGGGAAAACAAUGUGACUUCCAUUUACCCUGCCUCAGAGCUCCCCUCCUUCAGACUGGCCCCCACCCCUGGUUAAGGGGGUAAAUUGGGUAUGCCUAUUUGUUAAAGGAAUUUGUGGGAAGUAAGGGGCAAAACUGAUAGAGCAGAGGGAACAGAUUCUUGGGAGCUUUGUUACCCAAAGGCCAUCCCAGCAUUGAUACUUCAGAGUAGCCCUGACGCUUGUGGAACAUUUCAAGGGAGCUGGAGGCAACAUCACAGUGGAGAUCAGAGAAGAGAUGGGCAGUGAGCUCUUGUCCCUGGGGGAAAUCUCUUUUCCUCCCUGUGACAGGAGCCAGUGCUCCAACAGCAUCAAUUACACUUAGCCACAAGGACUGAUGUGUGUGUGCCUGUGCACGUGUGUGAGCGUGUGUAUGCGCACGCGUGUGUGCAAGGGGGUGAUGAUGGAAACCAAAUACGCAUCCACUGUGGGGGGUUGGGUUUCAAACUCAGAGCCGCACCCCUCCCAAGGUCACAUGGCAGAGGGGAAAUGGUCAUAGCUUUCCUGUGUGAUGUCCUCCCCAGGGAGCACAGACGACUCAGGCUUGCCUCGACUCUGCGAGGCCCAGACUCCACACUCCUCCCUGGGGCCGGCUCUCCUCCCUCUUGACUCUCAGAUCCCCAGCCCAUCCACCUCCAGGUUCUUUUUUUGUUCGUUUGUUUUGUUUCUGUUUUCUGUAAAUAUCUAUUUCUUAUUUUGGACAUGCAGGGAUCAAUUGAGAUUCUGGAGUGGGGGGAGGGGUGGAUGACUGGGUCUUUUUAUUUUUUCCUUUCUCUCUUGGAUUUUGGUGUUUGAACUUGAAAAAAAUAAUUACAAGUAUAUAUAUAAGCAAAUGACUUACCUUUAAACAAAAGAAAGAAGUUGAUUUCAUUCUUUUGAUUUAUCUUGUUUCUCAUUGGGGUCGGGUGGGGGUGGGGGGCCUUUUGGGUGGAGGGCUUUUUUGUGAGCUGUAUAGAUUUCCAGUUUGGACUUGUUCAAAUGAUGCAGGAACAAAAAUUAACAUGAAUUAAAAAAAAAGACAACAUAAAAAACAAGAAAAACUUUGUGAUGUAUAAAAGCUGUAAAUAGUCAAAGAUUCUUUCUCUUUUCUAAUGGCAAAUUAUUUCUGUCACUUUAUAUUCAAAAAAUAAAGAAACCUACCACAAAUUAUCAGGGUAAAAAAAAAAAAAUCCAGAAUCAGA